AUACUCUAGUGCAAAUUAUUUGUAUUUAUGUAGAAUUCCAGUUAGGACUAUAUCUAAAAUGAUGUUCCAAGUGAUAGUUUUUGUAAAUAUUGUAUUUAGUGUGUUUGGUAGUGUACCGUUUUUUGUUAGAAAGGACUGGACCAAUAAAGAUAUGAUGUUAAAGAACAAAACAAUAAAUCCGUGCAAUAAUUUCUACGAAUAUUCUUGUUCAAAAUGGUUCAAAGAAACCACUAAACCACCCUUUGAACCAAGCUGGAACCAUUUUACUGAAGCUUCUUAUGAAUUAAAUAAAAAAAUUCGUCAAAUUUUGGAAAAAACUCACACCAAAGAGAAUUAUUCUUUAGGGAAAUCACAGAGAUUCUACCAAUCUUGCGUUAAUUUUGAGGAAAAUCAAAGUGUAUACUUGGAGAAUUUAAGAACAAUUCUGAACAUUUAUAUUAAUGAUUUGAGAAGAUACGAUGAAAUGAAAUCGUUUAAUUAUAAAGUUAUGGAACAAAUUAUGAGAAUUACUAGAAAUUUGGAUGUUUAUCCUAUUUUCAAGUUUUCUGUUAAUAUAGAUUAUAAGGAUACGAAAAAUUACAUUUUGUAUAUAGAACCUGGAAACCUCAUAUUUCCUUCAAGUAUACUUCUAAACCCAAAUAUAUAUCAAGAAGAAAUAUCAUCAUACGUUAAAUGGAUAUCAAAGAGUACCAGGCAUGUUUUAAAUAUCAACAAAUCGAAUUACCCAAAAUUUAGUGCAGUAAAAAUUGUGGAAUUUGAGAUAGAAUUAGCUAAACUGAUGUCCACCAAAUCUAAUACUGAAAGAAAUAGUACAGAACAUUUUUCAAACAUGUUUGAUUUUGAUUUUAUCAAUGCAAUCAAUGAGAAUUUAUUUAUAGAUACUACCAGAAAAAUUAGAUCAAAUGAUGUGAUGGUAGUAAGGAACUUUGAGUACUUUAAAUCAGUAUUUUUUCUGUUCAAGACUUAUAAUACUGAAACUAUUGAAAACUAUUUAUUAUGGUCCAUAAUAAAAGAGCUCUCAAGAGACACAAACAGAUACCUAAAGAACCUCAACUUUAUAAUAGACAGGAACGUCUUAAACGUCAAAAAAGAUAUUCCAAGAAAUACAGAGUGUACCAGCAAAGUACUGGAAUACUUCAGUUAUGCCUUGUUGCCUAAAUAUGUUCGUUUAUACUUCGAUGAGAAGAUAUUGGAAGAUAUUCAAGAUAUGGUGAAGAAUAUUAAAGAUAAAUUUAUUGAGGUUUUGGCGAAGAAUGAUUGGAUGAGUCAAAAAACAAAACUGUUGGCUAUGAAGAAGAUUGGUAACAUUAAAUGCAAUGUUGGAUAUCCGAAGUGGAUAAAAAAUGUUUCCAUAAUAGAAGAAUAUUAUUCUGAUGUAAACAUAUCGACUAAUCAUUUACUAAACAUUUUAAUGGUAAAAAGAGAAAAAUCCAGACGAAAUUUUGAGCUUUUUAAAACCGCAGUAGCAGAUCCAGUAUGGCCAUCAAAUGUGUUUGAUGUAAACGCAUAUUACAGUGUCUUACAGAACUCAAUAUUUUUACCCCUAGGAAUCUUACAAAAGCCUUUCUAUGAUUAUCAUACUCCAAAGAUUUUUAAUUAUGGAGCCAUUGGCAGCCUCAUUGGUCACGAAUUUGCUCAUUCUUUAGACACCACAGGUAGACAAACUAACUCCGAAGGAACAGUAACGAAAUGGUGGAGAAACCAAGAUAUUUUCAUCUACAAUUUGAAAGCAAAAUGCUACGAAAAUACCAACAGCAAUAAACAAAUUUCAAAUUCUUUAAUAACUGAUGAAACUAUUGCUGAUAAUGUUGGUUUGGAACUGAGUUUUGAAGCCUAUAAAAAGUCUGAUAAAAAUGUAGAUCUUGAAGAAGUAUUUUGGGGGAGAAAUUACAACAGUAUGUUUUUCUUGAGUUACAGCCAGAUGUGGUGUGAAAUUUCCAACAAAAAAGACUUAACCAACGACGAGCAUUCUUCACCUUAUAUAAGAGUAAACCAAGCCCUAUACAACAACAAACAAUUUGUUAAACUAUUUAACUGUAAUUUUUUAACAAAAUCAUUUUGUAAUCUGUGGUGAAACAACAAAAAAACUGCAUAUUUAAAAUCACUAUUUAUUACAGAGUCGCUUUAAUAUGAAAUGGAUCUAAUCCUAAAAAUGUUUAAAUUAAUAACAAAAAAUUGUUAUAAUUAAUUGAUAAAAUGUUUCAAAAGAAAAUACAAUGUUUGUAUUUACUUUAAAUUGUUUUUCUUUGAGAAUGAUAUUUUUCUUCAAGAGAGCUAUUAUUUUAUAUUUGAUUCAAAUGAGUAAUUUUCAGUAUAAACAAUUUGAGAAAAUUUCUGUCAUAAUAAUAUUGACAUUUAUCUACACAAAGUGAAAUAAAUAGAUUUAAAAAGUGUUCAGUCUAAAGAGUUUAAAAUUGUAAAAAAAGAAAAUGCCACCUAAGAGACACUAUAUACAGGGUGAACGAUUGUGCUGAAUUUUAAACAUAUUUUUGACACCAUACUAUUUAAUUAUACUUUAUUUAAAUCCCCAAAGGCUCACCCUGUAUAUAUGUACAAAAUAUACAAGGCGUUCCAAUUUGUUGUGGCUGGAGUUAAAAAUAUUGUUUUUAGUUAAAAAAAAGCUUCAAACCUUUGUCUCAAAAAAGGAGUAUUUCUUUCUUGUAUACUAUAUUAUUCGUUUAAAUACAUUUAGAGAACAUUUUGGAAAGUUUUAGUGUUAAAAAUCUAUCAGAAAUGUCAAAGUUUAAUAUAAUUUGUUUAUCAAACAACAAAAAUCUCAACUUGUGUCAAAAUUUUACAGUUCUGAUAAUUUUUAUUUUGUUAUUCGGAAAACUCAACGCCCUGUACCUAUACUGACGUGAAAUUUUCUUUUUAAAAUAAUUUUUUAUCAACUGUUUCAAGUUUUGAUUCAAAAAAAUUGAAUCACCCCAUAUAUUCUUAUGUAUUUUUUGAAAUAAUAUUGUAUAGUAAAACAACAAAGGGAUAUGGAUUUUUUUACAUAAAAAGUACUAAAUCUAAGGUUCUAUACAUCCAUGAAAAUAUGGUUUCAACCAUUUUUUGUGGUUUCAGAUAAGGUUGUUACAUGGCAGUGACUAGAUAGACAUUAUUAAUGUAAAAUAAUACAUCCAAAAUAUAUUUUAGAUAGAAGAAUAAGUCAGUUUCAUUUUUACCAAAAAAAUAUCAGUAGUUAUAUAGUAAAUGACCUAAAUAAGUAAUA